CCUCUUUCCCGGCUGGAACCAUGGAGGGCGCAGAUGUCAAAGAGAAGAAAAAGAAGGUUCCUGCUGUGCCAGAAACCCUUAAGAAAAAGCGAAAGAAUUUCGCAGAGCUUAGGAUUAAGCGCCUGAGAAAGAAGUUUGCCCAGAAGAUGCUUCGAAAGGCAAGGAGGAAGCUUAUCUACGAAAAAGCCAAGCACUAUCACAAGGAAUACAGGCAAAUGUACAGAACUGAGAUUCGAAUGGCUAGGAUGGCAAGAAAAGCUGGCAACUUCUAUGUACCUGCGGAACCCAAAUUGGCAUUUGUCAUCAGGAUCAGAGGUAUCAAUGGUGUGAGCCCAAAGGUCAGAAAGGUGUUGCAGCUUCUUCGCCUCCGUCAGAUCUUUAAUGGCACCUUUGUGAAGCUCAACAAGGCUUCAAUUAACAUGCUGAGAAUUGUGGAACCAUAUAUCGCCUGGGGGUAUCCAAACCUGAAGUCAGUAAAUGAAUUGAUCUACAAGCGUGGUUACGGCAAAAUCAACAAGAAGCGAAUUGCCCUGACAGAUAACGCAUUGAUUGCUCGUUCUCUUGGUAAAUACGGCAUCAUCUGCAUGGAGGAUCUGAUUCAUGAGAUCUAUACUGUUGGAAAACGUUUCAAAGAAGCAAACAACUUCCUGUGGCCCUUCAAAUUGUCUUCUCCACGAGGUGGAAUGAAGAAAAAGACCACCCAUUUUGUAGAAGGGGGAGAUGCUGGCAACAGGGAAGACCAGAUCAACAGACUUAUUAGAAGGAUGAAUUAAGGUAUCUCCAUGAUUAUUUUUGUAAUCUGGUCAAUUAAUAAAUGGUGACUGCUUUCAAACAG